AUGGCGGAAGAAACACAACACACGUGGACGGAGGCCCAAACCAGAGCCCUCGUUAAACACAGGACUGAGAAUGAGCACCUGUUCACAGGAAAGAGAUACACUGCCAAGAAGGCCUGGGGAGAGGUUCUGCAGAAGAUGGGGUUGGAGGAGUUGCUCACUCCCACCCAACUCUCAAACAAGUGGGACAACCUCAAAAGACAAUAUAAGGAGCUGAAAACCCUCCCUACAGGGACGGGGACAGAGGAGGGGGAGGCCACGGCAGCCACAUGGUCGUGGUUUCCCCUGAUGCAUGAGGCCAUCGGGAGUCGGCCCUCCAUGGAGCCUCUAGUCCUGAUGGACUCAUGCGUCAGGGAAAAUGAGCCUACGGCUGACGUGGCCCCCAGUGGAAUUGGCUCUUCAUCCAGUGGAGCUGGGGCCACUCCUUGUGGCCAGGCAAUUGAGGAAGAGGAGGAUCCUGGGCAGCCUGGCACAAGUAGCAGCACCACUACACUUGAUGAAGAGCCAUCCACCUCUCUCAGUCCCCCGCCUGCCAAGAAGAACAGGGCAAGUAGGGGGGCCCUCAUAGAAUUUCUGAAAGAGGAGGCCAAACGAGAGCAGGAACGUUUUGAGGCCACUCACGCUAACAACACAAGGCUGCCUUCGUGUCCUCAAGUCCUACAAAUAAUCAUGGUCUUGAAGUUCAACUGGGUGCACACGUGGAGCAGAGAGCAGCCCUGCCAGUCGGUCUCGCUGGCCAUGUCGACAUCAAAGGCCCGGGACACCACACUGAUCCUCAGCAGGGCCUCCAGUGACUGGCGCCCCAGUCUGUAG